GUGACUUCAAUACAAUAUUCUUUUUAAAGAAAACACCAUUUGCCAAACGCUAACCCAAUAACAGAAACAACCACUCCAAUGAAUCUCUAAAAAGUCUCAUAAACUUUGGCUCUGAUCCACUCAUGGCCACAGAAACUCUACUUUCAGAAGAAACUGUAGAUGGGUCUGUCGACUACAGAGGCCGUCGGGUCUCCAGAUUCAACUCCGGCGGCUGGAGAUCAGCCUCUUUCAUUAUAGGGACUGAAGCGGCGGAGAGAUUUGCCUAUCAUGGAGUACUAUCAAAUCUUAUAACAUAUUUAACGGGGCCUCUUGGUGAGUCCACGGCGACGGCUGCUGAGAAUGUGAACUUGUGGUCUGGCACUGCCACGCUUAUUCCUCUUCUAGGAGGGGCUGUAGCUGAUUCUUUUCUUGGGAGAUAUUAUACCAUCCUUCUUGCUUCCCUCAUCUACAUCUUGGGACUAAGCUUGUUGACGCUUUCGGCUUUCUUAACAUCUCUCAGUAAUGUCAAUGGCCAAAACAAUCUUUCCACAGAAUCAUAUUCUCCCCAAACAGUCAUAUUUUUCAUCUCCCUAUAUCUCGUUGCUGUAGGGCAAGGUGGGCACAAGCCUUGCCUUAUGGCAUUCGGAGCCGAUCAAUUCGAUGGAAAAAACUCAGAAGAAAGCAAAUCCAAAAGCUCUUUCUUCAAUUGGUGGUACUUCAGUUUAUCUAUAGCUAUCAUGUCGUCUCUCGUGGUGGUAGUCUACAUUCAAGACAACAUUAAUUGGAUCCUUGGAUUUGGAGUUCCCUGUGCAGUAAUGGUAGCUUCACUUGUUAUUUUCUUGGUUGGAACUAAGACCUAUAGAUUUACUGUUAAAAGGAAUGAGAAAAAUCCAUUUGGAAGAAUCAGUCGAGUGUUCGUUGCAGCAGCUAAGAAUUGGAAAACUUCUUCUUUAGUGAUGGGUAGUGAAGAUCAUGAAGCUCGAGCUAUCCUCCCUCAACAAAACAAUUCUCAGCAAUUCAAGUUCCUCAACAAAGCUUUAGAUGAAAAAGAUGAUUCGUUGGAAGAUGGGAAAAUGUGCAGCCUGAAUGAUGUUGAAGAUGCCAAGGCAUUAUUAAGGCUUGCACCCAUAUGGGUCACAAGCUUGGGAUAUGCCAUUGUGUUUGCUCAGUCCACCACUUUCUUCACAAAGCAAGGAGCAACCAUGGACAGAACAAUUUUCAAAGGCUUCGUAAUUCCAUCAGCUUCGCUUCAAUUCUUCAUCGGUGUUUCCAUCGUCCUCCUCAUGCCAAUCUACGACCGCAUGUUUGUUCCCAUAGCAAGAGCAAUAACCCAGAAACCCUCCGGAAUCACAAUGCUUCAAAGAAUCGGAACUGGGAUGCUUUUAUCAACCAUUUCCAUGGUAAUUGCAGCAUUAGUCGAAAUGAAAAGGCUUGAAACCGCUAAAGAAUAUGGACUAGUUGAUGAGCCAAAUGCCAUAAUUCCCAUGAGUGUGUGGUGGUUGAUUCCUCAAUAUCUCUUGCUUGGGCUUGCAGAUGUGUUCACCAUAGUUGGUCUUCAAGAGUUUUUCUGUGAUCAAGUGCCCAAAGAUUUGAGGAGUUUUGGUCUCUCUCUUUAUUUCAGCAUAAUUGGAGUAGGGAGCUUUUUAAGCAGCUUUCUUGUGUCGAUAAUAAAUAAAGCUACAGGUGGAGAAGGCAGAGAGAGUUGGUUUGCUAAUAAUCUGAAUCAGGCACAUCUUGAUUACUUUUACUGGUUACUUGCUGGACUUAGUGCAUUAGGUUUAGCUGCCUAUUUGCAUUCUUCUAAGUCUUACAUUUAUAAGAGGGAAGAUAAUGUUAAUGUUUCUCAACAAAGCCUUGCUUCACCAGAUGGUUCAAAGGAAUAUGGGAAGUUGUGUGGCAUCAGUGAAGUUGAAGAAGCAAAAGCAUUUCUCAGGCUUGUUCCAAUAUGGGUUACAAGCUUGGUGUAUGCAAUCGUGUUUGCUCAAUCUUCAACUUUCUUUACAAAGCAAGGAGUUACAAUGGACAGAUCAAUUGCACCAAGCUACGUACCAGCUGCUUCACUUCAAUCCUUCAUCAGCCUUGCCAUUUUUCUCAUUCCAAUCUAUGACCGUGUUUUUGUUCCAAUUGCAAGAACCUUUACCGGGAAACCUGCUGGCAUUACAAUGCUUCAAAGAAUUGGAACUGUAUGUUUUUAUCUGUUUUUGGUCGUGGUGAUUGCAGCUUUAGUUGAGAUGAAGAGACUUAAAACUGCUGAAGAAUAUGGACUGAUUGACAAGCCAAAUGUGACAAUUCCAAUGAGUGUGUGCUGGUUGAUUCCUCAAUAUAUCUUGUUUGGUGUUGCUGAUGCUUUCACCAUGGUAGGUCUUCAAGAAUUUUUCUAUGAUCAAGUCCCAUCUGAAUUAAGGAGUGUAGGUCUCUCACUAUACCUCAGUAUCUUCGGUGUUGGGAGCUUUCUUAGCAGCUUUCUAAUAUCUGCCAUUGAGAAAGCAACUGGUGGAAAUGGCCAUGAAAGCUGGUUUUCUAAUAAUCUCAACAAGGCACAUCUUGAUUACUUCUAUUGGCUUCUCGCUGGACUGAGUGUUAUAGAAUUUGUAGUCUACUUGUAUUUUGCAAAAUCAUACAUUUAUAAUAAAGGAAGCACAAUAUGAAUGGACUGCCCUGUAA